AGCAGCUGCCCAGCAGGAGGUGAAUGGCGGCCUCGUGGGAAGAUCCGCUCCAGAACGACAUCGCCACCCAUUCUUAACACCCUUCCAGCCUGGAAACUCCAGUAACCUGCAGAGGUCUUGAGAGAAUUCACAAGACGAUCCUGUGGUAACUGUUUGCUUUGGACAAAAUGGCUGCUGAGCACAGAGCACCAUCUGGUUUGGGGGUUGAGUUCCAGCCCCAACUAGAGCAGGAGGCACUGUUUGAAAGGGAGUUGGGGGAGCUGGAACGGGCAGGCCCUGUUAUGAGGCAGGAAAUGGGGGAGCUGGAGGUAACAGGCCCUGCUGCUUUGGGGGAGGAAAUGGAGGAGCCAGGGUCAGUAAAACCCGGGACAGAAGAGGUAAUGGAGGGGCUGGAGAAAGAGGGCCCAAAGCAGGAGCCAGAAGAGUGGGAGAAAACUCCUGGGGUCUCUCAGGCAGAGCGUGUUGGGGAUUCUGUGCCAGGAUGGCAAGAGCAACUUAAACAAGACCCCAGCCUGGGGCUUCUUCCACAAAGGGAUGCCAGAGAGAGACAGGCAGUCCUCCCAAAAGCAGAGUCUCCUGGGUUUGACAGCAGGAUGCCCCAGAUGGCAGAGUCCUCAUGCCAGGAGGCUACUCAGACUUUUCUGGCCUCCAUUAAAAGAGAGGCAGAUGACAGCCAGUACCCCUCAGAGGAGUGGGAGGUCCCAACACAGCCAGGCUUGGGUGAGGAAGCCCCUAGGCUGGGAAAUGUCUCUGAGAAAAUGGAGGAAGAGGUCCCGGAUGAGGACACAGUUGUCUCAGAGAUACAGCGCCAGCACUUCAGGCAGUUCCGUUACCGUGAGGCCGAAGGUCCCCGCGAGGCCUGCAGCCGACUUUGGUUCCUUUGCUGCCGGUGGCUGAAGCCAGAGAGACACACUAAAGAGCAGAUCAUGGAGCUGUUGGUUCUGGAGCAAUUCCUGGAUAUCCUACCCUCAGAGAUCCAGAGCUGGGUCAUGGAAGGCUGCCCGAAGACCUGCGCCCAGGCGGUGACCUUGGCGGAAGGUUUCCAGCCAAGGAAACGGGUGCCUGAGAGGCAUGAUGAGCAGGUCAAGGUGUCAACUAAAGAAGGAAUCCCAGAUUUCUCCGAGACAGAGCAGGCUCUAUUGCCUUGCAAGCUGAAGCCAGUUGGCAGGGAGGCUGGGACAGAGGGUGGCUCUGGGGGUGUGAACUUGACAGGGGAGCAACUGUCGGCUACGAGUAAGGAUGAGGCGAGUAAUCAACGUGAUGGUUCUGGUGAGGACGAAACCAACAGGGUUCUGAUGGGCCGUGCUGAAGAGGAAGUUUCUCGGUGCAAGGAGCCGACAGAAGCUUCUGGAAGUUGGCAAAGUCCAGAACAGCCUCAGAGGAAUUCUCCAGGGAAAAAAACAGAAACGCUUCACAGAAGUGAGGAAACUCUGAGUGGAAGUGCCGGCCAACAGAAAGUCCACAUGGUGAAGAGUGAGUGUGUGGAGGAUGAGAGCAGCUUGGUGGACAAUUCAGACAUAAUUGAAUUUAAGGUGACCCACACAGGUGAUAUGCCCUAUAAAUGCUUGGACUGUGGGAAGAGCUUCAAUUACAGCACCAGCCUGGUGAGACACCAGAGAAUCCACACAGGGGAGAAACCGUACAAAUGCUUGGACUGUGGGAAAUGCUUUUGCCAAAGUUCAGGCCUCUCAAUCCACCAGAGGAUCCAUGCCGGGGAGAAAGCAUAUCAGUGUUUGGACUGCGGGAAAAGCUUCCGUGUGAAGUCACACCUGAUUCGGCACUCCAUCAUCCACAAGGGAGAAAAACCGUACAAAUGUCCUGAAUGCGGGGUUAGCUUCUGCGAAAGAUCAGAGCUGAGAAUCCAUCAGAGAAUCCACACGGGAGAGAAACCAUACAACUGUGCUGACUGUGGGAAAAACUUCUGCCGGAAGGCAGAUCUCACUCUCCAUCAGAGAAUCCACACAGGAGAGAUGCCGUACACGUGCUUGGAGUGUGGGAAAGGCUUCCGCUGGAGCUCAAAUCUCAUUACUCAUCAGAAAACCCACACAGGGGUGAAACCAUUUGAAUGUGCUGAAUGUGGGAAAAGUUACUACUCCAACAUGAGCCUGGUUAGGCACCAGAGAGUUCACACAGGAGGGACCCCAUAUAUCUGCUCUGACUGUGGGAAGAGCUUCUGUGAUAGCACUAGUCUGACCAGACAUCAGAAGAUCCACACGGGGGAGAAGCCGUACACCUGCACAGACUGUGGGAAAAGCUUCAACCGCAACUCAAAUCUCAUUUCCCAUCAGAGGACCCACACGGGAGUGAAGCCAUUCCUGUGCGUUGACUGUGGGAAAAACUUCCGAUCCAAAUCGGAACUUCACAGGCAUUACACGGUCCAUGUGGGAGAGAAAAGUCUGGGGGGUAACCCAGGGGCUCCUGCACCGGAGAGAACUGACAGCGAAGAGAAAAACAGCAGUGAACAGAAGGUUAUGAAGGAGUAAAUGGGGAGCGGUGGGAGGAGAAAUCCUGCCGUAAUUAGAAACUAAAAUCACUCCGCUUAUCACCCCACAUAAAGCCCAUCAACAUUCUUGUUUUGCAGAGGAUGAGUAAAAAAAAAAAAAGCUCAAAGCUUUGCAUUCCCAUCUUGAGGAAUAAUUUCCAGUUUCCAACAUCCCAGCAAUUUGCGGUACCCUUGACUAGAAACCUGUGGCCUUCGGUGCCACUGAAUGUGCUGCCGUCACUUGUCGCUGCCGAUCUUUUUUCUUUCCUUCUUUGUCCUUCCUCUUCCGAAUAUUGUAAGAACAAUAUCGUCCAUGUGCUGAUUAAAUCAGGUCUCUGAUCUCUGCAUGUUCUCACAUCUGAAUUUAAACCGUUUUUUCCCCUUACAAUACACGAAUCCUUUUUUUUGUUGUUCUUUUAUUUGUAGAGGCCGGCUCUCCCGCAUGCUCUUAAGGAGUUCAAUUAUAAGGUGGAGCUUCAAAUGCAUUUGGAUGAGGUCAUAUUCGAGGGCCGGUCUUGCUCUGGGUGCUUCCGUACCUUGAUAUGUGAAGCCUUAAUGGCCUGAGCCAAUAAUUUCUCUAAACCUGGAGACUAACAGGGAAAUAUGGCCAUCUCUGGAUCUCAUCGGAUCUUUCAGGGGCCACUUGAUUUCACAAAUCACGUGAGGCUUGUUUCUCAGAUAGCUAGCGACAGUAUACAGUUCAUACUUAAAGUAUUUAAGCCACGUAGCAUUCUUUUCUUUUUUGAAAGUACUUUUAAGUUAUUAGGAAGUGCUGAAAAGCAGAAUUAAAUAAGUUUCGUAUGAAAUUUCCUUUGCUCUUUGUUCUGUUUGGAAAAUGCGUUCCUCGCAACCCUUUCAAGGUUUCUUUCCAAUUUCCCUUGUCUGUGUGCCUCUCAAUGAAGAUAAUGUUCUUUUAGUAUAAUAUGUUGCAUGACAUUUUCCUCAGGUGGCAACUUCCCUCCCCCUACAAUAGCUACAUGUUCUGCACAUUUUACUUAGUAAAAAUCAUUCAUCUGU